AUGUCGGCGGUUAGCUGGAACAUUCCGGCGAUCCCGCGGGCGGUCCCGCCGGCGAGGUCCGGCCCGCCCGGGGAGGCCUUCCUGGUGGCCGCGCGCCCGCGGGUGGCCCGAUCCCGUGCCGCACCCAGGAGAGUCAGGCUCGCCCGGGGCGGCGUCGUCGUCGCCCACGCCGGCGCGGCGGAGGUGCCCGUGGAUGAUUCCGGGGAGGCCGCGGUGGUCUUCUCCGAGAAGUUCCCCCUCCGCCGAUGCCAAACUGUGGAAGGGAAGGCGUGGGUGAGAGUGGAGGCGGAGCCGGAUGCGGACGGCAAGUGCAAGAUCGUCAUCGGGUGCGACGUAGAGGGGAAGUGGCUGCUGCACUGGGGUGUCUCCUACCACGGUGAGACCGGCAGUGAAUGGGAUCAACCUCCUUCGGAAAUUAGACCUCCCGGUUCGGUUCCAAUCAAGGACUCUGCAAUUGAAACACCAUUGGAGACUUCACCCAAUUCAGAAGGACAUAUACUUCAUGAAGUGCAAAUCAAAUUUGAUAAGGACACUCCAAUUGCCGCUAUCUAUUUUGUCCUCAAGGAAGAGGGAACAGGUGCAUGGUUUCAACAUAAGGGUGGGGAUUUCAGAAUACCCUUAAGUGGGUCCCUCGAGGAUGGAGAUCCGUUAGGUGCAAAACAAGGUAUUGAUGUCUACCCAGGAGUGAAACCUGAAGGAUCUAAUGCUCAGCUAAAAGAAGCAGUUCCUGGGGAUAAAGGUCCAAGCACAAAAUGCAUUUCAGAGUUCUAUGAGGAAUAUCCCAUCUUAAAAUCAGAGUAUUUUGAGCAUUUUGUAUCUGUUGCUGUGACGGAGAAUAGUGAAACAGAUAAAAGUCUCGUGGAAUUCUAUACUGACAUUACUGGAGAUGUUAUCAUUCAUUGGGGAGUUUGCAAAGGCAAUACCAUGACUUGGGAGAUCCCACCAGAACCGCAUCCACCAAACACGAAGAUCUUCCGACAGAAAGCUCUUCAGACCUUGCUAGAGCAAAAAACUGAUGGUACAGGCAACGCUGUAUCAUUCCUACUGGAUACAGACUACUCAGGUCUUGUUUUCGUGCUCAAACUUAAUGAGCAUACUUGGUUGAGAAAUCUGGAGAAUGGAUUUGAUUUCUAUAUUCCUCUUACGAGGGUGGAGCAAUUUGGCAGCACUCAAGAGCCUCAUAAGGCUGGUGAACAUAAACUUGAUGAUAAGUCUGCGCAAACUGAUGGCCUAAUCAGCGAUAUAAGAAAUCUGGUGGUUGGCCUGUCGUCUAGAAGAGGUCAACGAGCAAAGAACAAAGUUCUGCAAGAAGAUAUUCUACAAGAAAUUGAGAGGUUAGCAGCUGAAGCAUAUAGCAUUUUUAGGAGCCCCACUAUUGAUGCCAUAGAAGACCCUGUUUACAUCGAUGACCCAGAAAGUGUGAAGCCAGCUUGUUCUGGCACUGGAUCUGGAUUCGAAAUAGUGUGCCAAGGAUUUAAUUGGGAGUCACAUAAGUCAGGAAAAUGGUAUGUUGAACUUGGUACAAAGGCCAAGGAGUUGUCAUCCCUGGGUUUCACCAUUGUUUGGUCACCACCACCUACUGAUUCUGUAUCACCUGAAGGAUACAUGCCAAGGGAUUUAUACAACCUAAAUUCCAGAUAUGGAACCAUGGCAGAGUUGAAGCAGCUUGUGGAUAUUUUCCAUGAAAAUGGUGUGAAGGUUCUUGGUGAUGCUGUUCUAAAUCACAGAUGUGCUCAGUUUCAGAAUCAAAACGGGAUCUGGAAUAUUUUUGGUGGGCGUAUGAACUGGGAUGACCGAGCAGUCGUUGCUGAUGAUCCACAUUUCCAGGGAAGAGGAAACAAGAGCAGUGGAGAUAACUUCCAUGCUGCACCAAACAUUGAUCACUCACAAGAUUUUGUGAGAACUGAUAUUAAAGAAUGGCUUCGCUGGAUGAGAAAGGAAGUUGGAUAUGAUGGGUGGAGACUUGAUUUUGCUCGUGGCUUUUGGGGUGGAUAUGUCAAAGAUUACAUGGAAGCAACUGAACCAUACUUUGCAGUAGGAGAGUACUGGGACUCUCUCAGUUAUACUUAUGGUGAGAUGGAUUAUAACCAGGAUGCUCACAGGCAGAGAAUUGUUGACUGGAUAAAUGCUACAAACGGAACUGCUGGUGCAUUUGAUGUCACUACUAAGGGAAUACUUCAUAUGGCACUGGAAAGAUCUGAGUAUUGGCGCUUAUCUGAUGAAAAAGGAAAACCCCCUGGAGUAUUAGGUUGGUGGCCUUCACGUGCAGUCACAUUUAUAGAAAAUCAUGACACCGGCUCUACUCAGGGUCAUUGGAGAUUUCCCUAUGGUAUGGAGAUGCAAGGCUAUGCCUAUAUCUUGACACAUCCUGGCACUCCUGCAGUCUUCUAUGAUCACAUCUUCUCACACUUACAACAAGAUAUUGCCAAAUUAAUGUCUAUCAGAUGCCGCCUAAAGAUUCAGUGCCGCAGCAAGAUCAAGAUACUGAAGGCAGAACAGAAUUUAUAUGCCGCCGAGAUUAAUGAGAAUUUACUGAUGAAGAUUGGCGCGGGACAUUUUGAACCAACUGGUCCCAUAAACUGGAUUGUUGCAGCAGAGGGACAUGAUUACAAAAUCUGGGAAGCGGCAUCCUAG